AUGUCCUCUGCCAAUUACAUGUCUCCCUCUUCCUCGACGACGCCAACAUGGCAUCAGUUCGAACGGAAGGUCGAGGAGGUGAAACCAUCCAAAACUGAUAUCAAUUAUCUAGUCAUGGAUUACCUAAUCACCAACGGCUAUCCAGCUGCUGCGAAGAAAUUCGCACUAGAGGCCAACAUCCAACCCAGAGCAGAUAUCGAGUCGAUUCAGGAAAGAGUUGACAUUCGUACUGCAAUUCAUUCUGGGAAUAUCCAAGUUGCCAUUGAGAAGAUCAAUGAGCUCAACCCACAGAUCCUAGAUGAAAAUGCCCCUUUACAUUUCGCCUUGCUGCGACUGCAGCUGGUGGAGUUGAUUCGCUCAUGCACCUCUUCCCCCGAUGGCGACAUCAGCCCUGCCCUUGAGUUCGCGACCUCGCAACUCGCACCGCGGGCACCCACCAACCCCCAGUUCCUCGAGGAUCUUGAGAGGACUCUUGCGCUCUUGAUCUUCCCGAUGGAUAGCCUGUCUCCAUCACUUGCCCCUUUACUACACCCCGACCUUCGUAAGGACAUAGCCAACCGCGUCAACGAAGCCAUCCUGCUGAAUCAAGGCGCUCGUAAAGAGGCCCGGCUACGCAACCUGGUCAAAUUGCGCGCGUGGGCCGAACAGAAAGCCCGGGAGGCUAAGAAGGAUAUACCCGAGAAGCUGGACCUCGGACUGGGCGAUAACCCCAACACCCACAACAGUAAUCCCUUGGCCAGUUCGACCAGUGCCAGCCACAAUGGCUCUAACGACACCGUAAUGACCAAUAAUGGGGAUAUCGACCCCAUGAUCUCAUAA